UUUCUAUUCUGUCGUCCAAGAUACCAGACAACAAUCACCACACUCACCUAUUAAUACCCACCCAUCCACCCGUUUAAGUGUAUGUGAAUAUCAGAAGGAAGAAAAUGGGGAACGAAUUAUUGGUUUUUCUAGUGAUGGUGAUUGUGCAGUUAGCGUUUGCUGGAAUGAUAAUAAUAUCAAAGCUAGUUAUGGAUGGUGGCAUGGAUGCUUUUGUUCAAUCAGCUUAUAGGCCUAUUUUUGCCACCAUCUCCAUUGCUCCCUUUGCUUACUUCUUGGAGAGGAAAACUAGACCCAAGUUGACACGCUCUAUUCUUUUCCAGAUAUUUUUGUGUUCUAUUUUCGGGAUAACAGCGAACCAAAACAUAUAUUUCAUUGGGAUAAAGAAUUCAACUCCAACAAUUGUUUCUGCCAUUGAUAAUCUAAUCCCAGCUUUCACUUUUAUCAUAGCCGUACCCUUGGGGGUUGAAAAAUUGGGGUUGAGAAGUAUAGCAGGACAAGCCAAGUUUUUGGGGACAGUAAUAUGUGUUGGAGGUGCCAUGUUACUGUCAUUAUAUCAUGGCAAAGUUGUUAUUGGUCAAUUGGGAUAUCACUGGAAGUAUGCAGAAAGUAUAGGGGAAGAUGUCAAUUCUGCCCAUUCCAACUUCUUUUUAGGACCCUUUUUACUUAUAUUGUCCAGUCUUACUUAUGCCAUUUGGUUAAUCAUUCAGGCAAAGGUAAACGAGAAGUAUGCAGCUCCGUAUACAUCCACAAUGUUGAUGUGCCUCAUGGCAAGUGUGGAGUGCGUCAUCAUUGGCAUUUGCGUCGUCCCUAAAGUUUCUGAAUGGGCUUUAAAUCCCAUUAGAGCUAUCUCAGUUAUCUAUAAUGGAGCUGUGGCUACGUCAUUUACAUAUUUCUUGAGCUCGUGGUGCAUUGAGAAAAAAGGUCCUUUAUAUGUCUCGAUGUUCAACCCAUUGCUGUUAGUUAUUUCGGCAUUUCUCAGUUGGACUUUGCUUCGUGAAAAAUUAUACCUCGGAGUAGUUGUAGGGUCAAUCAUAGUAGUGGCUGGGCUUUACGGCUUUUUAUGGGGCAAAAAGAUGGAGGCAAGUGCAGAGGACAUUGAUGUAAAUAAAGAAAAAGUGCAGUCCAGUAAAAUCGAUUUGGAAUUGCAAUUACCCAAUUCUAAUGGUCUCCCACUCGAGCCGAAGCAGAUAUCAUCAGAAGCCAAAGCAAGCUGAACGAUUCAGUUGGAUGAUUUUGGACGAAUUCGAAAGGUUCAGGAGUGAUUCGGACAUUUGGAUAGGGAUACUAGUUAAGUUUAUGAAUUUGAGAUGACCACAAUUAAUAUAGGAUCAAGAAAACCCCAUAUGGCCAAAAUAUGGCGAAUUCGAGUACUACGUGUAAAUUGUAAUAAGUAUAAAAUUAAUCUCUUGCAAUUUGUGCAUUAGGUUAUUUAUGAGACAAUAUGUGAAAAUCAUUUACCUA